AUGGCCACGGGCGAGCUGACCGAGCUGGAGACGGCCAUCGAGAAGAUCGUCACCGUCUUCUUCACCUACGCCGGGAAGGAGGGCAAGAAGGGCACGCUGACGGCUGGCGAGUUCAAGGAGCUCGUCCAGCUCCAGCUGCCCAACCUGAUGAAGGAUGUCCCCUCCCUGGAGGAGAAGAUGAGCGAGCUGGAUGUGAACAACGACGAGGAGCUGAAAUUCGGCGAGUACUGGCGGCUGAUCGGGGAGCUGGCGAAGGCCAUGCGGAGGGAGAAAGCGGGGAAGAAGUGA